UUAUAUUCUCUCCCUCAUCCCCUUCUCUCUCCCCCCUCUCUCUCUAUACAUCAUAUUCACACAGUACAUAUUUCCGUGUGUCUAUGUUUUGUGUCAUCUUACGACAAACCUUGUAUUCCAACAAUUCUUCAGCCUAGCUAGCUAUCUAGCUCCUUAAUUCCACCUUCCAUGGCAGAACCCUACUCAAAUUUCCACACUAACUGGUUCAACUUCACACCUGACUCUCUUUCCUUUUCCCAUCAAUCCCACAACUCAAACAACCUUAUAAGCAACAAAUCUUUGCCUUCCUCACCUCCGCUCGUAGAAGCUCUUCCUCUUCUCAACAACCUAAACACAACACCAGCACCAGACCAAUUAGAAUCCUCAGCAUGCAGUGCCAUGGAAGUGGAUGAAAGGAACAAGUCCAGAGAUAUGGGGGUUUUUUUCUCGAAUAGUGGUGGUGAUGAGGAGGAGGAGAGUGUGACAGUGUCCCUACAUUUAGGGCUACCAAGCCCUAGUUCAAAAUUUCAGGUACCCUCCAAGAUCUCUCCCACAGCGGUGGCAGGAAAGGAAGAUGAUGCAGAUGGUGCAAUUUCAGGGUGCCCUUUGAAUAGAUUAAACAAGCGUCAGUACUGGAUUCCUACAGCCACCCAGAUUCUUAUUGGUCCUACACAGUUCCCAUGUCCUGUUUGUUCUAAGACCUUUAACAGAUACAAUAACUUGCAGAUGCACAUGUGGGGGCACGGAUCUCAGUACAGGAAAGGGCCUGAAUCAUUGAGGGGAAUCCAACCGACGGCAAUGCUGAGACUGCCUUGCUAUUGCUGUGCGCCAGAUUGCAAGCACAACAUUGAUCAUCCAAGGUCCAGGCCGCUCAAGGAUUUUCGGACUCUCCAAACUCAUUUCAAGAGGAAGCAUGGGAUCAAGCUCUUUGCCUGCAGAAAAUGUGAGAAGCCAUUUGCAGUGAAAGGCGAUUGGAGGACCCAUGAGAAGAACUGUGGCAAGAUCUGGUACUGCAUUUGUGGGUCUGAUUUUAAGCACAAGAGGUCCCUCAAAGACCACAUCAGGGCCUUUGGCCAUGGCCAUGGCGCUGUGGGUGAUGACUACUGCUGGGAGGAAGAGGAUGAAGCCGCUUCCGAAAUCGAACAAGAAGGUGAGUCCUCCAUGUGGUCCACUUGAACAUGCAUGUAAAAUCUUAUUCUUCGACUAGCUAGCUAGUCUUGGGAACUUAUUCAUGCCCAUUUAGCUAAUUAGUAGUUCAUCUUAUUUGCUCUCUUCUACCUCCUCCUACACCUUUAAAGCUGUUUCUUCAUAUUGUAUGAUCUUCUUGAAGAUGUUAUAUAUAGGUUUAGGGAUUUGAUAUGAAUUUGAUGGUGUUCUUGUGUGAAAUUUUCACUCAUUUGGUUGUGUAUUGGGAAAAAAAAUAUGCUGGGGUUUGGUCAUCUUUUCUGCUCCUUAAUUUGCCCCUUCCAAUUUUUUUCUUGAUAAAAUGAGAAACCCUAGCUAGGAGUGGGUGUAUAUAUAUGUGUGUGUGUGUGUGGGUGUGUGGUGCUCCUCGCCUUCUAUACAGCAAAACAAUUCUCUUGUAUUUCUCUUCUUCUUCUUCUUCUUCUUGCUAAUAAGACUUUCUCCAUU